GUAGCCGGGUGUCUUCUAGAGUCCGGGGAUGUUCCGCUACUGGUCUCAGAAAUCUUAGUGGGGGUACCCCAGAUGAUUUAUGUGGAUCCAGCAGGGGAGUAUACUUCAGAAUUCUGGAAAGAGCAGUUACAGCGAGGGAACAUAAAGUCUCGGGUCAGUGCUGCCGAAUCGCACUGGCAACUUGUGGAGGCACACGGCAAAAUCAUCAAGGAAAUUCUUAGCCGCAUGGACUCCGAGCACGAAAUUGUGGAGUUUCGGCCGGCGAUUGGAUUCUUUAUUGGCGAGUACAGAAGGGAGGAGGCAGUAGAGGCAAAGGCCGAUGGCAUGGACCGGGUCUGGGAGAUGACACUGCGUGAGACCCAGGUAGACAUGUCAAAUUUGCCGUCUGCUCAGCAAGCUUUGGAGUACGUUAUGUUGGCUACCCCUGAUAGGAAGAAGCGGGUAGAAGUCAAGAUGCGUGACCUGACCAGCUCUGAGCAAGAGCAGUUUGUACAGGCCAAGGGCAAAGAGGUAGGGGCUUCGCUCAGUCAUCAGACAGUGCGCCGCGUAGCAGCCGGGAUGUUGGCUGAUGAGCAACUUUUACGGUGUCGAUGGAUCCUUACCUGGAAACCUCCUGAACAGCAUGGUGGUCCCCGUAGGGCUAAGGCAAGGUUAGUAGUGCUAGGGUUUGAGGAUCCGGGUUUGGGGGAGAUCCCGAAUGAUGCGCCGACACUAGGGGAAGAUGCUCGUCAGCUCAUUCUCCAGAAAGUGGCGGCCAAUAGGUGGACGCUGAUCAAUUUUGACAUUUCCACCGCUUUUCUGCAAGGCCAAGGAGAUGGCCGGACCUUGGGUAUCCAUCCUCCAGAGGAAAUUAGACAGGCCUUAGACAUGAAGCCAGGAGACCAGUGUCAGUUAAUGGGUGGGGCGUACGGCAGGAUAGAUGCACCUUUCUUGUGGUUUCAGACUUUAAAAGGGACACUGGAAAAUCUCGGCUUUGUGCAAAGCCCUUUUGAUGCAUGUACCUUCAGCCUGAUCACUCAGGACGCCCACGGCAAGCCUAAAGUGCAUGGGGUUCUAGGUAUUCAUGUGGAUGAUGGCCUAGGGGGAGGGGAUGAGUAUUUCCGAAUGGUGGUCCAAAAGCUUCCGGAUAGGUAUAGUUUUGGGUCAUAUGACGAGGGCGAGUUCACGUUCACAGGCAUUCAUUUUAAGCAGUGGGACGACGGGAGCAUAGAGUAUGAUCAGCAUGAAUAUUUGGAGCGCAUUCAGCCAGCGCGUGUCCCUAAGCAGCGGAGGGCUGAACCAGACUCUCCUUUAACUCCAGAUGAAGUUCAUGAGCUGCGCCGACUGAAUGGCAGCAUCCAAUACGCUGCUGUUCACUCCAGACCCGACUUGGCAGCAAAGGUCGGAAUGCUUCAGUCAGCAGUUCCAAAGGCAAGGGUGUCACAUUUGUUGGAAGCCAAUCGACUUUUGCACGAGGCCAAAUCGCACCCAGUCUCACUCAUGACAGUUCCCAUUCCGGAAGCUCACGUAACGUUCUGCACGUUCUCAGACGCUUCUUUUGCAACUAGCAAGGAUAGCAAUUCCUAUCAAGGGACACUGGUCGUAGCUACGGAUUGGAGAAUGUUGUCAAAUGAGAAGGCCGUGAUUGCUCCUUUGGCAUGGUCAAGCCGGAAAAUCGCCCGGGUGGUACGAAGCACCUUGAGUGCGGAGGUCGUCGCACUUUGUAACUCAGUGGACCGCAUGUCAUGGAUUCGGCUCUUCUGGGGGUGGAUGAAAGAUCCCUCCGUAGACAUUUCCCAGCCGGAUCAAGUACUGAAGGGUUCUCCUCAAGCAGCUUUGGUAACAGACUGUAAAAGCGCCUUUGAUAUCGCGACAAAGACAGCCAUUCCUAGCUGUUCUGAGCUUAGGACCCAGCUAGAGUGCUUGCUGCUACGGGAGAGACUUCAGGAAAACUGCCAGAUGCGGUGGGUUCAUUCGAAGGCAACGCUAGCGGAUUGUCUGACCAAGAUGAUGGAUGGUAGUGAGCUCCGUAAGUGCCUAGCCAGUGGGUAUUAUGCUCUGUUUGAUGAAGGGAAGAUACUGGCGGAGCGUUUGGGCAAACGACAAUCGCUGCAGUGGCUUCGCAAGGUGACGCUUGCCAACAGCACUGGGGCUCAGAGGGCAGGCGCCGAAGCCAUGGGCACAGAAGCAGAGACUGGAACUGGGGGCGGACCCCCAAGUCACCUUCCACUGCAACUGAUCCCUCGCUUCUCUCCUGGGGUGACAAACGUGGACGAGUAUGUGAAGAGACUACAGUUCUUGAAGGAGCUGUGGCCAGUGGAGCACUUGUCGCUUUUGGGACCUCGAGCAGCCCUACUUGUCGAAGGGGCCGCUUUCCAGAAGGUGAGCCGUAUAUCACCGGAGAAGCUUAAGAGUGCGGAUGGAAUCAAGAUCUUGGCGGAACAGCUUGGCGGCUCCUGGGGUCGACUGCAGGUGAAAGACAAGUUCCACUAUUUCGAGCAGGCCAUCUUCCAGACCCAACAGAAGCACGACGAGACAAAUGAUUCCUACAUCGCACGGCACGACGCCCAGUUCGAAGAGUUGUUGUCGAGACAGGUGAGCUUGGAAGAAGUCCGUGCUUACGUGUUGCUGCGACAUUCGCAGUUGGCACCGGAGGAUAAGAAACGUGUUAUCGUGGAAUCCAAGGGUGACCUGAAGUAUGCGGAGACAAUCAAGGCAAUACGCUUGCUCGGAUCGCGUUUCUUUGGAGAGCUGCAGUCCAAGAAUGGGCCCGGGACAGGGUCCGGAAGGGGAUCGGAAAGGUCCAAAGUGUACGACGUGAACAUGACCGAGGCGGAGCACUCAGAAGAAAUCAACCUGGCGGCCCAGGAGGACGAAGUGGACGAAGAAGAGGUUUUCGCCUAUUUCUUCGAGCAGUGCGACAAGGAUGCUCUCUACAUUGCUGAGUUUGAGGACGGCAUCAUAGAGGCUGUUCAGGAGUCAAAUCUUGCCCCGGUGUUCUCGGCUUACCAAGAAGCCAGAAGCAGACUGCGGGAGAAAGCGCGAUCCCGUGGGUUUUGGCCUUUGAGCAAGGGAGCCGGCAAGAACCCGAAGGGCAAGGGCUACAGCAAGAAGGGGCAGAGCUUCGGAAAGGGGAGGCGUCCCCGCGCACUGGCAGAGCGUAUCUCGACAAGCGCCUGUCGCUUGUGCGGCGCUGUUGGACAUUGGAAAAGGGAAUGUCCAAGGAAUCCCGACAACCAAGGCGGCAGCAGCAAGAUGGAGGUAUCCAACAUGGCCGUUUUGGACAAGGACGACGACGACAGCAACAGCGAGCCCUCACCAGAAUUUCUCCAAGAACUGCCGGAAGACACGAUCAUGUACAUGGAUGACCUUAGCCUGGCCGAGGACCAGGCCACCGCGGCAGAGCAACAGGCCACGUGCCAGCAGAUCUCUGGGGACCAGAAGAUCGACGACUGA